CCCUGUGUUUACUAAACGUGGUAUUAAAUAGUUAUAAAGACAUUUCUAUAACUUACACGGUUUGUGUGAACUCAUGCUGACCUUGUUUGACGGAUAAGGCGCAGGUGAACGCUGCUACACCUGUCACUUCUGUUUCAUCUUUAAUAUCGCAGCUAACGUGAUCUGAUGCAGGGACGCCAUGAGCAGGGCAGCGUGUUGUCACGUUCCUGCAGCCAGGUUACAUUUAUGGGUCCUCUCAGGUGUGCAUUUAAUUCUGCUUUUACUCAGAAGUAACCUGAGUCAGCCUGAAACUACCUCUAACAGACAACAGUUUAACAAACUAUAAUAUCCACACCUGAAACCAAACUUACAUAAAUUAACUAACUUGAUUUAUUAUAUUAUAUUUAUUAUAUUUUUUAUACUGGAAGUUAAACUGCAUGUGAUGAUGAUAAGGUUAAUGAAGUAGUUAUUACUAAGGCUGUCAAGGUGAUGGUGUCAAGGACUUGUUUUUACUUCCUGUUGCAAAUCAUUAACUUUUAGUGGAAAUUUUAGUGUGAAGGAGAUUUUUCUUCAAAAAUGCCCAUAAAUGCAUCAAUUAUUUCUAAUUGACAGGACAGACAAAACAAUGUGCAGGUUUCUUUUUUUAAUUAUUAACUUAUUUCUGUUUUGUUAUUACAUUUUUAAGCCAAAGGAGAAGGAUUUUCCUGCUUCGUUGUACUAAUUCUGCCACAUUUUCUGACGGUUUAAUCUUUUCCCUGUGUGACUCUCACAUGAUCCAUCACUGAGUCCUGCUCAGCCCUGAGCUCUUUCUGACCCGACCUCCUCCUCCUCUGUUCCUGUCGUCUUCUUCAUCCGUGUCUGUCUCACUUCACCUUUUCUCUCCAUCAAACGCAGAGCGUCUCGACAGUUACAGAAGCUGCGCUGCAAGACAAAUAGUCCUGAGAAGAAGCCAUGGACCAAGCAAGGUCAACCAUUUCCAAAAUUUUUAACGGGGAGCCUCACUCCUACACACGAUUUAAUUUGACCCAAAACAUGGAAGGAGACAACAGCCAGGUGGAGAUGAAGCUGUCGUCGGACGUGGACGAGGAGGUCGGAGGAAACGGCGUGGGAGACCACCUCAACCACAACGCCAACGGCAGACCCUACAUUGCUCAAAACUUUAAACACACCCCGAAGAACCUCUGCGUCAUGGCGGGCGCCGCUCUCCUCGUCUUCAUCAUCGGGUGUCUGAUUGGCUACGCAGCGUAUCCAAAAAGAGCCGUGGCUCCUGUCUGCUCGCCCACCGUUCGUACGUUUGAAGACGCCGCUUUCCGUGAGACGGGCGCUGCUCCUCUGAUGGACUGGGACGACGUCAAAAAGCUCCUCUCCCAAAAACUAACAGCCUCUAAAUUAGACAGUGCCUUCAGAGAGUUUUCCAAAAGCAGCCACCAGGCCGGUUCUCCUCAAGAUGAGCAACUCGGGGACAAAGUGUUCCAGAGGUUUAAGGAAUACGGCAUGAAAAGCUGGACUGAUGAGCACUUUAUUAGGGUUCAGGACCCCCCGUCUUCCGGAUUUAACAAGAUUGUUUACAAGGAUGAGACAGAGGAACGUCUCAGGGGAUUCCUGUCCUACAGCGGCAUCGGAUCAGUGAAGGGUGCAGUGCUGUACGCUUCUUACGGGCAGGAGGGGGAUUUCAGGCUGCUGCGGGACAAGAACAUUAACAUGAACGGCCGAGUCAUGCUGGUCAGAGCCGGAAAGAUCAGCUUUGCUGAGAAGGUCGCCAAUGCUGCCAAAAUGAACGCCUCUGCUGUGCUAAUUUACCCUGACGCCUCGGAUUACUCUUUGGGAGAAGACAUUGAGCUUUAUGGACACGUCCAUUUGGGCUCAGGGGAUCCCUACACCCCAGGCUUCCCUUCCUUCAACCACACCCAGUUUCCUCCAAUGGAAUCUUCAGGCCUGCCAAAGAUCCUGGCUCAGACCAUCACUCGAGGCAUGGCCGAGAGAAUCCUGAGUAAGCUGGGAGGUCAGAAUCUGCCAGAAGGAUGGGGAGCCUACAACAAACUGGGCAACGAGAACGACACGAUGACCGUGGAGGUCAACAACAUUCUGACCGAGAAGAAGAUCAAUAAUGUGUUCGGGGUCAUCAAAGGCUUUGUGGAUGCAGACCGGUACGUGGUUCUUGGUGCCCAGAGGGACUCGUGGGGUCCGGGCUUUGCUUCGUCAACUGUCGGCACCAGUGUCCUGGUUGAGCUGGCCCGCUCCAUCUCAGACAUGGUGAAGAACGAUGGGUUCAAACCACGGAGGAGCAUUGUGUUUGCUAGCUGGAGUGCUGGAGCGUACGGGAGUGUUGGCGCCACCGAGUGGCUGGAGGGAUAUUUCUCUUCCCUGAGCAUGAAAGCCUUCACUUACAUUAACCUGGACGGCAUCGUAACAGGUCGUAAUGGAUUUAAAGUAGCAGCCAGCCCCUUGUUGUACACCCUGAUUAAAAACACACUCAGUGAGGUGACAAACAUGGGCAUAUCGCUCUCUAAUCAGUUUGCAAAAAGUGACUGGGAGACAAAUAUUCUGGAGUCGAUGCAGCUGGAUAAUGCUGCGUAUCCUUUCCUGGCCUUUUCUGGCAUUCCUUCACUUUCAUUCAGGUUCACACCUGGCAACUCAGCUCAAGACUACCAGUACCUCGGCACGAUGCUGGACACCCAGGAGAAACUGAACGCUGCCACAUCCACCCAGGUUCCUCAGCUGGCUGAGACGGCGGGCCGCUUUGCAGGUCACAUAGCUCUGAGGCUGGUCCACGAUCACCUGCUGCAGAUGGACCUGAUGAAAUACAACGACAUCAUACGUUCCAAUGUGGUGAAGAUCAAUGCCAAAGUGAAGCAGGUUCAAAGGAUGCAGCCCAAGCUGUUGCCCAAGGCGCUGACAGUUCAGUGGCUGAUCCAGGCCUCAGGUUCCUACAGCCGCGCCUCCCGCAACCUGGCCAAGGACAUCCAGAACAGCGACCUGGAGGACGUGGAGAUGUGUCGCAUCAUCAACGACCGCAUCAUGACGGUGGAGAAGAACUUCCUGUCGCCCUACAUCUCUCCCAGAGAGACGCCUUUCCGCCACAUCCUGCUGGGCACAGGCUCCCACACCCUCAGAGCUCUCACCAGCCACCUGGACGCUCUGAAGACCGACAACCCCGACGCCAACGGCAGCCUGUUCCUCAACCAGUUUGCCCUGGCAACGUGGACCAUUCAGGGCUGCGCCAACUCGUUAGCAGGGGACAUCUGGGCUCUGGAUAACGAAAUUUAAAAAAAAGCUCCCUCCUCUCCUCGUUCACGGGUCGACCGUCCUCAAAACCAACAAAUUAAACCCAGUUUUCCCACAUUAAUACGUCCAUCCCACACCUGUGUUCAGUUCUCACUGAGAUUCUCUCAGGUCUAAAAUGAUCUCACCAAAGGACUAAAACCUGAAACAUGAGACACUUGAUUGUAUCAGUCUUUGGUGCUACCUUUGAAUAUGCAUAUUAUGUGACAGUACUACUUAAACUAGUGUUAAUUUAAACAUUUCCUCAUGACAUUAGUGAAGCUGUGUGCCGGCUCAGAUAACCAAAACACAAAAAGGCAAUAAAUCAGCUCUGCACGGCGGCUGUGUCUCCUCUGCUGAACCCUAAUAAUAAAGUCUGAGCAGCUUCAUGUUGGUAACUAUUAACCCUUACAGUGCUGGAUUUAUUUUGGGCAUGUCUUAUGUUCAGAAGGUGCUGAAUUGGCCAAAUACUUGAGAGCGACGUCGCUGCCGCGGCAGCAGCAGACUUCAAAGAGAACGUCCUGUUUUUUUAUAUGCAAUCAGAAUCAUUCACCUCAAAGGGUUUGGAGCUAAUCCGAGGGUUAGGUCUCAAACGUGUGGCACUGAAACAAAAAUCCUGUUUUUAUUUAUUGUUUUUAAUUUAUCAGUGGCAGGGUUCACUAUAAAUAGAUUUUUUUAAUGUUGUAUAAUUAUCGGGAGCAGUGCCUUCCAUAAUUAUGACAGUUAUACUGUCGAAGUGACAAAAGCAGCAUCUGCUUGAAGAGGUGUACAUGUGGACGACGGCCUGCGCUGACGCCGGGGGUCCUCGGGGGGGGGGUGUUAGGACCGGCCCUCAGACACAUGUACACUUCUCAUUGUGACGGCAUUAUCGGGAGCAGUGUUUUCCAUAAUGCAGAAGAAAAGAAGGUAGUUUUUGCCUACCAGUGUGUGUCCGUAUCGGAGGCAGUGCCCUCCAUAUUUCACUGUAGGAGUGGAUGGGUUAUUUUCUUAUCGGGGACAGUGUUUCCCAUAAUGUGUACAUACAGUCCAUCAAACACACAAUCCUCUCUCUUCUCCUGUCUCUCUUUGUCUGAAAGAAAAGAAUGAAAACGUGGGACCAGUGUGAGAACAGCUGUGGUCCAGCAUCAGAAACCAUCUCGUCUGGUUUAUUGUAGUUUAUCAUUUCUGAUUCAGGCUUCUGCUUCUUUAUCUUUUUUUUUUUUUUUUUUCUCAGAUUUCCUGGUGCCUUUUUGCUUUGACUUUAUUUUAAAGCUGAGAUUCUUAAGUUUAACUCUUAACGAGGUUUGGGAAGUUGAAAAAUUGACUGGUUUUUAUGUUUGGGGUUUCUUUUUACUGUUACUGUUGUAAAACUUCUGUUACAACUUUUGAGAUGAGAUUAUUAAAGAAAUUAAACUAAUUGGUUUAAUUUUAAAACAUGUCAGUUCACAUUUUUAGUUUAUAAAAGUGAUGUAAUUAUUCUGAAAGAAAUGAAAUUAACUCAAGUUUAUUGAAUUGACAAAGGUUUAAAAAUUGUGAAAAUGCUUUUUUUUUCUUUUACUCUUUUGUUGUUUUAAUCUGAACUUUUUGUUAGAAUAAAAGUUACAUCUUAA